AUGGGAGUUUGCAUAAAGCCGAGAAAUGCGUUAGUUUCGUGACUUACACCUGAAUCUAAAUGAAGAACAAGCAGUCAGUAGGACGAGCUUCCACCACGACAUACAGUUCCUUUGGUUGGCAUCUGAAUCUUCUAAUUCUCCAUUAGCCAAGCCAAAAGUAUUUACUUCAGUGGGACUCUGAAGCAACCAACUGUGCUGUAAAUAUCUUUCAUAAAUUGAGAAGGACAGAUCGAAAACUGAUGCAACAGGGAACCAAAGACCGUGUCUGAGAAACCAAGACCUGCACCCGAUACUUAUUGAAGCCAGCACCGGUGGAGGAUACAGACUGGCUAAAAACUGAGAACCCGGUCUUAAUAACUUUGCCCCUCUUGGAAGCAUGGAGGAUUGGAAAAUGGAAUCGUGGAUCCUGAUGUUUUUGCUUGUUAUAAUUAUCCUGUCAAGGUUCAUAUUAUGGUCGUGUCUGAGCAAAUACAUAGACUAUAAACUCUCUAAAAGAUUCCCAACUAGACCAAAGAAAGACUUUUAAAUGUUGGUGAAAAGGAAUGUAUCAUCAGAACAUGACGUAUUUAGCAAAGGUUUUUGUUUUAAGCAGAUUUUUUUUUGUUUA